GUUACUCAUUCAAAUCUAAAGUUUUAGGUUAAAAUUCAAUUGAUAAUGCCUCGUGUUCCCUACACCUGGCGCCAGCCAGAUUUUCCUGGCGAUGGCAGCGAUCUAGCCUGGCUGCAGCCCACCAUGCUGAUCAUUUGUCACAGGGGCAAUCUGGACAAGUCCCUAGAGCCGCUGCUGCGAACGCUCAAGCAACCGUUCGCACCGCGCACAGUGGCUGCCGUCUGUGUGCACGAGACAAUGCGCUUAGCAUUCGAGGAGAAGGUGUGCCAGGAGAUGGAGAUGCUGCACUCCAAAGUGCAGGGCCAUGAGUAUUAUGCGCAGGCACUGCGAAUGAUUGGUUGUCUGCGGGCCGAAACGUUGGGCCUGCAGCAGAGCGACAAAAUCGGUUUCAGGAGCAAACUGGCCAACGGAUCGCCGUUGCUCGUACGCGGCUUCGACCAGAGCUUCUUCAGCAUGAGCCAUCCCAGUACGGUGGUGACGCUGCACAUCUUCCGGCACGCCUUCGAGCUGCCCAAAGUGGUGGCCCGAGAGCGGCUGAGAUUCGCCAGCGUGGCCAUUUGGGGUGCCAAAAUGUGCGACACCUACGAGGUGGCGCUCCAGCUGCGGUUCUCUACGGUUUUCAUCAACUGCCAUGGCAUUUCGAUGGAGCCAAUUGAGAAAUAUUUUGUGGCACGGCAGCCGCAUGUCGUGAUGGCGAAUCAUCAUCAUUUCGAGGUGCUCAUAUACAACAAUCGUGCCCUGGUCAUUGUCUAUCCGGCCAAGGUUGAGUGGCACCCGUCCAUAAAGCCUCGCACCACAUUGUCAUACAGAGAGCCACCGUUGAUGUUGAAGGCGAAAAAUGUCUUCCUGUUCGAUAAAUCCUAAAUGCUAAAUCCUUGAUUAUUUGUUUCGCUUAAAGGGGAAAUAAAUUCCAUGUUUACUUAUGUAUCA